GCACCCUCCUGAACUGAUACUACGUCUAGGUCUUCCACUGGUCGUCCAACACGGGACAGGACAGGCCAGUCAUGAUGUCUUUCUGAAGCUGCUACGCACCAGGCAAAGUAUUCGGCACACGUAGCCAAGCUCCUUAUUUAACUCUUCACUUUCAUCGAUUGGCCAUGCUGCUUCCCCUUUUCUUUACUUUCGGUUUCGUGUAUGCAUGGAUCCAGUCGGCUUACACUGUGGUACCAACGUCGGCAUUUGGCCACUGCACGACAAUUUGUCGUGGUUCGGCACCAGAUUAUAUGACCGUGUACGGAAGCCAUAUAAUUCUAUCUUCCACUUAUCAAGAGAAAUCAAGCAAACACAAGAUCACUUGGCGAACUCUUAUGCAAGUCGUAAGUUCCUCAAUGUCAGGUUCGAGCUUUUACUCGGACGUGUAGAGAUUCAUUUGAAAUCAUGGCUUGGAAGGUCGUCCCAGCGAUCCAUGCGAUCUUCGAUCCGGAACAAUUGACGACAAUCGCUAGGCGACAUCUCGUCGAGACCGUCUCUACCUCUUCCCGUGGAGGCGUCGUUACUUCGCUGGUAUUGAGCUUGUGUUUUCUUGUAUAAUUUGACCAUAUGCAAUUUAUUUUUAUUAUCAUCUAGCCUUGCGGUUCCACUCCACGACCACUUGACCUUUAUUUCUGGCGAAUUGUUCCGUGAACAAGGCUACAUCUCCUUCUGCGAGCCGCUGGUAUAAAGAGGCGUCAGAAUUUCUGCAGGUUUCAUUACGGCCUUCUUCCACUGUUAUACCCUCGUCUCGCUCGACUUCACCAAUUGCUCCAAACAUGCAAGGUCUCUUCGUAAUUGUCUCCGUCGCCAUCUGGGUUACAGCAGUAAAUGCCCGUACAUUCACUGUUAAAAAUAACUGCCACUUCACCAUCUGGCCUGGUAUGUUCACGGACCCCAAUGUUGGACCCGCUCGUCCAGACCAUGCCACUGGAUGGGAAGCUCCCUCUGGAAGCUCCGUUCAGUUCUCCGUUCCGGAUGAUUGGAAAGCGGGCCGUAUCUGGGGACGAACAAGUUGCAACUUUGCCACUAACCCCGGACCGACCUCCUGUGUGACUGGUGGUUGUAACGGUGGUUUAGAAUGUGCUGCUCAAGCUGGAACUGGAGUCCCUCCCGCAUCACUUGCCGAAUGGACUCUCCAAGGAGACGGCAACCGGGACUUUUAUGAUGUCUCACUGGUUGAUGGAUUCAACUUGCCCGUGGCUAUUACCAACAAUGUUGGAUGCCCUGUCGCUAAUUGCCCCGUCGAUUUGAAUCCUGGGUGCCCCGCAGAACUAAGAGGGCCUGCUAAUCCUGAUGGCAGCAACGCGGGCUGCAAGAGUGCAUGUCUAGCCAACCUCGAUGGCAACCAACAGGAUUCCGCAAACUGCUGCAGCGGAAGCCACAACACACCUGCGACCUGCCCCGCGAGCGGUGUUCAAUUCUACGACUACUUCAAGGGCAACUGCAAGAAUUCCUAUGCUUAUGCCUUUGAUGAGGCCAGCGGCACUGCUUUGUGGACUUGCGACUCUGGUCUCAAGGCUGAUUACACUCUUACUUUCUGCCCUUAACUCAAAACUGAUAGUGAUACUGAAAUGUUUGAAUGUAGUUGAUACACGAAUGUGGUAUCACUCGUAUGCAUAUACUUCAAUAUCGAGGCA